AUGACGGGUUUGACGACGGAGAUCGAGCCACAUUCACUGGAAAAUCUCAGUCGCAAAUCUCUGAAACGAGCUCUUGAUCUUUUCUCUCCCGAUCAUGGCCAAUUCGCUCCGCCUGAUGCAGAAAGUAAACAAAUUCGGAUCCGUCAUAAGAUUCAAGUUGCAUUUGGAGCCGUAGAACCCUCGAAUAAGCCUCCACGUCGGGCUGACCAUAGCAAUGAACACAUAGCUCCAUCGAAUGCCCUUGCUCUUCCAGGUCCAGAAGGAACCACUGAAAUUCAAAAGGGUGCAACAGAGAAAGCUUUAGUUGUUGGGCCAACUUUACCACCAACAGGCUUGAACAACUGUGGUCACGCAGGCAAAAGCACCACCAUUAUUCCUGCAUUUGGCUCCACAUCUGAAAGUAAUCUGUCAACUUCUGCUUUAAUGGAGAGAAUACCUAGUAGAUGGCCCCGUCCAGAGUGGCAUGCACCAUGGAAGAAUUACAGGGUGAUCCAGGGACACUUGGGUUGGGUCAGAUCUGUUGCAUUUGACCCAAGUAAUGAAUGGUUUUGCACUGGUUCAGCAGAUCGUACCAUCAAGAUAUGGGAUGUAGCGACUGGAGUUCUGAAGCUCACACUUACUGGACAUAUUGGUCAAGUACGAGGUCUCGCUGUAAGCAACAGACAUACCUAUAUGUUCUCUUGUUCUGAUGACAAGCAAGUCAAAUGCUGGGACCUUGAGCAUAAUAAGGUUAUCCGAUCUUAUCAUGGUCAUCUGCAUGGCGUUUACUGUUUAGCUCUUCAUCCAACUCUGGAUGUUUUACUAACCGGAGGGCGAGACUCUGUCUGCAGGGUAUGGGAUAUCCGUACGAAGAUGCAAAUUUUUGCACUCUCUGGACAUAGCAACGAUGUUUUUUCGGUUUUUGCCCGUCCAACUGACCCACAAGUUGUUACCGGAUCUCAUGAUUCAACCAUUAAAUUUUGGGACCUCCGAUAUGGCAGAACGAUGACAACUCUAACGCAUCAUAAGUAUACUGUCCGAGCAAUGGCUCCCCAUCCAAAAGAGAAUGCUUUUGUUUCUGCAUCACCUGACAACAUCAAGAAAUUUAGCCUUCCUAGGGGACAAUUUUGCCACAACAUGCUUUCUCAGCAGAAAGCCACAGUUAACGCAGUGGCUGUAAACGAGGAUGGUGUAAUGGUCACUGGAGGUGAUAGGGGAGGCUUAUGGUUCUGGGACUGGAAGAGCGGACACAAUUUCCAACAGGCAGAAACUAUUGUACAGCCCGGUUCGCUGGAGAGUGAAGCUGGUAUAUAUGCAGCGUGUUACGAUAAGACUGGUUCAAGGCUGGUAACGUGUGAGGCAGACAAGACAAUAAAGAUGUGGAAGGAAGACGAAAAUGCAACUCCUGAAACUCAUCCUCUCAAUUUCAGACCUCCCAAAGAGAACAGACGCUUCUAA